UUGUUUAUAAUUUGCGUGUUGGCAAUUUGCUGUGCUCUCAAAAUGGAUCAAUAUCCUGAUGAGAAUGAAGAGUUUGAACUGCAGUACCAGGAUGAGCUGGAGCUGCUCGAGGAUGUACCGCAAGAGUACGACAAUGUGGUCGUCGAUGGACCCAGCACAUCGCGUCAAGCAGCAGCAGCACUCAAACAACAACGACAACAAGGAGGAACUCCUACAGGGACUGUUGCUACAGCUGCCAUUCAGGAUGUGUCGCGCUUUAGCAACUCUACGCUCAGCUCGCCGCACCUGUCACAGAUCACAUUUGGCGCCAGUCAAACCGAUGCUGGUGGAGGAGGACCAGUCAACCGACGACUUUUUGGCACACCCCGUGGACCAACAGUGGGUCGUGGUUGCUCCACUCCCCUGCAGCGACUGCCCGGCAUACAGGAGACAGCAAUGGACACUGCCGCACCGCUUCCAAAUUCCGCCUCCGAGCAGCUACAAGAAGUGGGACUCCGUGGCAACAAUAAGCGGCGACUUGAACGGGAUCUCUUUGGUGACAUUGACGAUCUCUACCAUGAGAGCUAUGAAGAUCCCCUACUGAAAAAGGCACGUACCGAGGAGCAGCGCGAUAACGAGGCCAUCGAACGUAUUCUUGAACUGAGGCGCAAACUGCGUGAAACCGGCAAAACCGUGCCUCACGAUGAAGUCUCCCGACUGCGUGCGCUUCACGACUUCAAGAUGAAGAAUCUAUCGUAUCAAAUACCGACGUGGCCAUUUCUGGCUCUGCAGCGCAGCGAUCUCGAGCGUCUUUAUGUGCGCUACCACUCGGAAGAUUACGAACGUCGUCAGCUGGAGCUGCUCAGUGUGCGAGGCAAUCAGGUCGGCAGCCUGCUCGGCGAAGCCAAGCAGCAGGUGUGGCAGGAUGCCAAUGAGCUGGUGCUGCGUCGCCUGACAUCUGCCACUCAGCCUGUCUGCGCUGCACCUGCCCCACCCAGUCCCGAUAUGGGACGCCUUUGGGUGGACAAGUAUAAGCCGCGCAAAUACAUUGAUUUACUAUCGGAUGAGAUGACGAAUCGUAGUCUGCUCUACUGGCUCAAGAUGUGGGACAAAGUGGUCUUUGGCAAGACAUUCCAGAGCAAGCAGGAGCAAAAGGGAGCGAAUACAGGAGGAGCAGGUGGACAGCAGCUAAACAGUUUCAAUAAGCGCACUGGAAAAUUUGAAUCAAACGGCGGCUGGCGACAAAGGAAGCAGCGUCAGGCACUCAACACCAAUGUGGAUGAACUGGGCAGACCUAUGCAAAAGGUGGCGCUGCUCUGCGGACCUCCUGGUCUGGGCAAAACGACGCUAGCGCACACAAUUGCCCGGCAUGCUGGAUAUAAUGUGAGGGAGAUUAAUGCCUCCGAUGAUCGCAGUCCGGAGGCUUUUAAGCUGGCCCUAGAGAAUGGCACACAAAUGUCAUCGGUGUUGAAUCAGGAUAAGCGACCGAAUUGCAUCGUACUGGAUGAAAUCGAUGGCGCCCCGCGUCAAUCCAUCGAGUAUCUCGUCAAGUUUGUUAGCGAUGGCAUCUAUAGCAAGGUCAAGUCCAAGGGCGCCAAGGCAGAGCAUAAUGUGCUGCGGCGCCCCAUUAUCUGCAUCUGCAAUGAUAUUUAUGAUCCCGCCCUGCGAUCCCUGCGCCAAAUUGCCUUUGUCGUCAGCUUUCCGCCCAUCGAUGCAGCGCGUCUGGCCGAACGGCUGUUGCAAAUUUCGCACAAGGAGCAUUUGAAAACGGACUUUGGCUCGCUUAUUGCUCUGGCCGAGAAGUCGGGCAAUGAUGUCCGCAGCUGCAUCUCAUCCAUGCAGUUUUUCAGCGCUCAGAAGCAGAGUCUAACGCUCCAGGAUGUGCUGAACAAUAAUUUGGGUCAGAAGGAUCGACACCAAGGUCUGUUUGAUGUUUGGGGCGCUGUUUUCAGAAUAAAACGUCCAAAGAGACAGCUGCAGCAAAUCAACUCAAACAAUAGCGAGGAGCCCGCCCAAGUGACCAUGACGAACAUGUCUGUGGGGACCCGAGUGCGCAAUGUGCUCGAUGUGGUGCAUUCCAGCGGUGAUUACGAGCGACUCACGCAAGGCGUCUACGAGAACUAUUUGCAGCAAAAGAUGCCAGAUCCAAACUUUACGGGCAUUUGUGAGGCGAUGCAAUGGUUCUGUUUCUCGGACAUGGUGCAGCACCAAAUCGGACGACAGCAGAACUACAGCAUCUAUCCAUAUUUGCAGUACGGCUUUGUGGUCUGGCAUUUGCUCUUUGCCACAUUGGCCUGGCCGAAAAUUGCAUUUCCCACGCGUGGCUUUGAGUUCAAUCAGAAGUGUACGAACCAGCUGAACAUCUUUCAGUCACUGCGCAAGGGUGUCACUACAUCGGCACAGGGCGUCGGUCAAGGCACCAUCCUGCUGCUGGACACGGUGCCACUGCUGAAGCGGAUCCUCUCCCCACAAUUGCGCUCGGUGGCUAUUCAACUGCUAUCACAAAAAGAGCAAUAUGAUCUGCGUCAUACGAUUCAAGUGAUGGUUGAUCUGGGCUUGACGUUUGUGCAGGUUAAAUCCGCUGAGGGUCAUUAUGUUUUUCAAACCGAACCGGACUUGGAUACGCUCUGUGCAUUCCCAGGUUUUGCUGGUCUCACCCUGCCCUAUUUCAGUCGCCAGCUGAUAGCACGUGAGGUGGAUCUGGAGCGCAUACGACGUGCCGCACCCAAAGGGGAUGCUACAAAGAGCACAAUUGCUUCAGUGACUGUCUCGGCGAAGAAACCGGAGGCAGCUCGCCUGCCGAAUCAUUUGCAAACAUUGAAGCCAAAACAAGUAACGGACUUCAGUUCGCGCAGUGGACCCAAACAGCAACUUACAAAGGAUUUCUUUGGUCGCGUAACUCAUAAGACAACAGCAGCAACUGCUAUGGAUGAGGUUAAAACAGAUGCAAUUGUCAAGAGUCCAAUCUGGUAUCGCUAUAAGGAGGGCUUCAACAAUGCAGUCAGAAAGGACGUACACCUAAAUGAACUACUCUAAAGUAAAAACCUAAUUAUUGCUAUUUUUUUUAUACUAAG